AUGGCCGGCGACUGCGCUGCCCGGAGCCUGGAUAACACCGACCUGGGAGCGCUGCGGGACCCAGCUGGAAUAUUUGAACUAGUGCAAGUCGUUGGAAAUGGGACAUAUGGACAAGUCUAUAAGGGUCGCCACGUGAAAACAGGGCAGCUUGCAGCAAUCAAGGUUAUGAAUGUGACCGAGGAUGAGGAGGAAGAAAUCAAACUGGAAAUUAAUAUGCUGAAAAAGUAUUCUCACCAUCGCAACAUUGCAACCUAUUAUGGUGCUUUUGUCAAGAAGAGUCCAGCAGGUCUGGAUGAUCAGCUGUGGGUAGGUCUCUCCUUCUCUUUUUCUUCUCUUUAUACACUUCUUUGGAAAUUUAGAUACUCGGGCCAGGAAAGUUAAAGCUGGGUCAUUUUUUUCUUCUAGGGUCUGUCCCACUUGCACGCCCACCAUGUCAUCCACCGAGAUAUUAAAGGGCAGAACGUGCUGUUAACAGAAAAUGCUGAAGUAAAAUUGGUCGAUUUUGGAGUCAGUGCUCAGCUGGACCGGACGAUUGGCAGGAGGAACACUUUUAUUGGGACACCUUAUUGGAUGGCUCCUGAAGUCAUCGCUUGCGAUGAAAACCCAGAAUCAACCUAUGAUUACAGAAGUGACUUGUGGUCCUUAGGCAUCACCGCAAUAGAAAUGGCGGAAGGAGCUCCCCCUUUGUGUGACAUGCAUCCCAUGCGAGCUCUCUUUCUGAUUCCACGGAACCCUUCUCCAAAACUGAAAUCCCGGAAAUGGUCAAAAAAGUUUCUCAACUUUGUGGACAGUUGCUUGGUUAAAAAUUACACACAUCGCCCUGUGACUGAGACCUUGCUCAAACAUUCCUUCAUCAGGGACAUGCAAAAUGAACGCCAAGUACGCAUCUUGCUAAAAGAUCAUCUAGACAGAACCAGGAAGAAAAAAGGAGAAAAAGAUGAAACAGAAUAUGAGUACAGUGGAAGUGAGGACGAAGGGGAAGAGCUGAACGAAGAGGAAGGCGAACCAAGCUCCAUCGUGAAUCUCCCGGGCGAAUCCACCCUGCGCCGAGAGUUCCUCCGACUUCAGCAGGAGAACAAAUCCCGUUCGGAUCCCCCCUGCCUGCAGCCGAUGCAACAGCAGCAACAGAAACACCAGGAAAACUACAAAAGACAGCUUUUGGAAGAGAGGCAGAAGCGCAUCGUGGAGCAAAAACUGCAGAGGAAGAAGUUGGAAGAUCAUCAGAAAAAGGAAGAGCUUCGGAAGCAUCUGGACUUUGAAAAGAGGAACCCGGAGAGCAAAGUGGCCCCAGGCAACCUGCAGAAGGAUAAACACAGCCGAGACAAGCCGGAGGAGGCGUGGUGCAAAGGGGAUGCGGUCCAAAACGCAGGGAUGCAACAGAGAAAAGCAGACGAAGGGGCUCAUGGGAAGAAGUUUCAUCGGACCCUUCCCAAAGAUCAGACCCAGCUCCUUUGCCUCCAACACGAGCACCAGCAGAAGAAUAAGGAGAGUCCUAAGAUCUUUAAUCUUCCACCGGGCCUUUCGUCAAACUGCGUGAGCAAAGAGGCAGAAAAGAAGCUUCCGAAAAGUAACGGUGUCCAGCCGGACCUCAGCUGGACAGCUGUCCUCGGCCAGGAGACCACCCCUCACGGGAGGCUGGGGUCCGGCAGUAGUUCCAGCCCAUGUACGCCAGCUUUGCAACGAGCCGUGGUGGCCCAGAAUGAAAACCUCCGAACGAAUCGGGAUGUGUAUCACAGCAGUUUGUUGUCUGAUGUUGCUGUCACGCCCCUGAGUCCCAGCCAGGAUGAGGUGUUUUGGAGUCUGCCUCAGACUGAAGAACAACCACCAAAGGUUCCUCAAAGGACAACAUCGACGUUUUACACCAGAGAGCAGUGUGGGCAUCAGAGUUUUUCUUCGAGGUGGGUGCAAUUCCUUCUCAUAUUGGGAUACCUGCAGUUGAGCCAUUUGCAGCCUUCAGACAAAGAGUCCUCCAGAAUAGACAACAGACAUCUCCAGCCCUGUAAGAAACUUGAAAAUACAUCUCAUUCAGGCCAAAUUUCAAGUCCAGCUUUGUGGAACAAGGAGAAGGUCGGCAGCCAUCUGCUCCGGAAGUCUCUAGAAUAUUCCUCCUCCAGUGACGAAAUGGGCAGCAGUGACGAGGAUGAUGAGGGUGACGGACACAUAAGCUUUGAGGACAAUGCUGCAGGAACAGGUGGUGGUGGCGCUCGUGAAGAUCUCUGGAGCAUGAACAACCAAAAUUAUCUGCUGCCCGACCUCCUCCAACAGAGUCAGAUCUCAGCAAACCAAGUGAAAACUUCUGCUCAGGAACUUCAGGACAAUCCUCCUGCUAACCAGGCACUGAACACUGACAGUACCCCUUCCAAAAACAGUUCCUCCUCUACAUCAUCUUUUACCUCCUUCAUCGAUCCUAGACUUCUCCAAAUCUCACCCCCUUCCAGUCCAGCUGGACCAAACUGUGGUUCCCCGUCCGAUGUGACAAUGGAUCCCCCAAGGCGGCAAAAUACAAGAAAAGGUUCUGUGGUCAACGUGAACCCUACCAACAUCCGGCCACAGAGCGACAGCCCUGAAAUCCGCAAAUAUAAAAAGAAGUUCAAUUCCGAGAUCUUGUGUUCUGCCCUGUGGGGGGUGAAUUUACUGGUUGGGUCCGAAAAUGGAUUGUGGCUUCUGGACCGGAGUGGACAAGGUCGCGUUUACUCUUUGAUUAGCAGGAGACGUUUUCAACAGAUGGACGUGUUGGAAGGACUGAAUGUGCUCAUUACCAUCUCAGGCAAAAAGAAUAAGCUACGGGUAUAUUAUUUGUCUUGGCUACGAAACAAGAUCCUGCGGAAUGACCCCGAGGUGGAGAAACGACAAGGCUGGGUGUCGGUGGGCGACUUAGAAGGCUGUGUACACUACAAAGUUGUGAAAUACGAGAGGAUCAAGUUUCUGGUGAUUGCCGUGAAGAAUUCAGUUGAAGUCUACGCUUGGGCUCCCAAGCCGUAUCAUAAAUUUAUGGCUUUUAAGUCCUUCACCUCGCUUCCUCAAAAACCACUCUUGGUGGACUUGACUGUGGAGAACGGGCAGCGGCUGAAAGUUAUCUAUGGGUCAGCAGUGGGAUUUCAUGCCAUUGACGUGGACUCCGGCUCGGUGUAUGACCUCUAUUUGCCGACACAUAUCCAGGGAAAUAUUCAUCCGCAUGCUAUUAUCAUUCUCCGGAACACCAGUGGGAUGGAACUUCUGCUGGCUUAUGAAGAUGAAGGAGUCUACCUUGAUAUUUAUGGGCACUUCUCCAAAGAAAACAUUUUGCAGUGGGGGGAAAUGCCCACAUCAGUAGCUUAUCUUCAGUCCAAUCAGGUGAUGGGUUGGGGCGAGAAAGCAAUUGAGCUGCGUGCUGUGGAAACGGGAUGUCUGGAAGGCGUGUUUAUGCACAAGAAAGCUCAAAAGCUGAAGUUUCUGUGUGAAAGGAACGAUAAGGUAUUUUUCGCCUCUGUUCAGUCUGGAGGCAGCAGUCAAAUUUACUUUAUGACCCUGGGCCAAAACAUACUGUUCAACUGGUAAAUCCCUUUGGAAUGAAG